AUGGUGGCUGCAGGAAGCCAUCAUUCUGUCUUUUUGCUGACCAGUGGUCAAGUCUUUACUUGCGGGGAUCACCAGAAAGGAUCACUGGGACGCAAUGGCCUGGAUGAGUCCCCAGUGAAGAGCAAGAACAUCCCCUGGUACACUGUGCCUGGCCCAGUGCCCGGUGUUGGUGCCAAAUAUGGCCGGCGGGCUACCUGGGUUGGUGCCAGCGGCGACCAGACUAUCAUGAGGAUUGAUGAAUCACUCAUUAACGCUCACACUUUGGCGAGGUCAAACAUCUUUGCCAGCAAGACUUGUAUAGGUCUUAUCCCCAGAGGAGAAGACAAUGCUCGGGCGAUGAAGUGCCUCAUGAUCAGCAAAACUGAUGGAAGCUGCAAAAGUUUUUCUGGGGAGGAACAGGAGGACUUGAGCAACCAGGCUGUGUGUCUGGACCCAGUCUAUGAUGUUCUCUGGGGGUACAACCCAAAGACCCAAGAGAUUCGCUGCUACAAUGUGAUGAUCAGUGAAGCUCAUGACCUGAAGAAGAUUGAUCCUGGCUACUGCGAUAUCUUCAGCCCAGAACUAGCCGUGCCCACAAGAAUCGGCUGCCAGGCUACCCGCUCACACUGUGCACUGCACAUGCUGGGCUGCCUGGACACUUUGACCAUCGCCAACCAGUUGAAGCUGCAGGUGGUGGAGGAGUCCCGGGAGAAGACUUCCAUUAGCAAGAUCUACAGCAAAGACGACUACAGUGUGGUCAACAGGUUUGAAAGUCAUGGUGGCGGCUGGGGCUACUCAGGACAUUCGGUAGAAGCCAUUCGCUUCAUGUGUGACACGGAUGUUCUGCUGGGUGGGUUUGGCUUGUUUGGUGGUCGAGGAGGCUAUCUGGGCAGAAUCAAGCUGUACGAGCUCGGCCUGGACGGAGGGGAGAACGAGGGAGACGGAGAGCUGCUGGCUGAGACCGAGGAAACCCAGUUUGUUUGUGGUGCCAGAGAGAAGUAUGCCAUGCUGUUUGACGAGCCCAUCCCCAUCCAGGCCAACUACUGGUAUGUAGCCUGGGCCCGAAUCUCAGGCCCCAGCUCUGACUGUGGAGCUAAUGGCCUGUCCACGGUUCAUACAGACGACUCGGUGGUAUUCAAGUUCAAAAGCUCAAGAAAAUCUAACAAUGGGACAGAUGUCAAUGCUGGACAAAUUCCACAGCUUCUCUACAAGCUGCCCCCAAGGGACAGUCCAGCUGUGACCCGGAAGGCUGACCAGAUAGACCCAGCCCACAUCCUCAGUCCUGAGUUCUCACACACAGUGACACCACAAAGCCUGGAGGCUCUCUUGAAACUGCUAGAAAACAGCUGGUCUGCCCUGCAUGCCACAGUGCCAACUUCUACAGGGUUCAAAGGUGAACAGGAAGAGAUCCUUUCUGAGCUGCAGAGAAUUGUUUUUAUCUCCAGAGCCUGCCUGAGACUUCUCCGAACUUACGUGGCAGACAUCUACCCAGAUGGAGUUAUCAAGAGAAGAACGCCCCCAGAGUCGGCUCAGCUUGCAGAACGCGUUGGGGAUGCUCGAGACCUCCUGAGGCGCAUCCUGGCUGAGGACCUGCACGUGGCCAAGAUCCGAGCCACACUCACUGAGCACCAAGGCAUGAAGCGGUACCGACAGAUGAGGGAGGAGGUCCUCAACGAAUGCCAUGCAACCUUUCGGGCCUGCUUCCAUGCCUUCUACCCGACAGGCCACCUCAAGUGGUGGUGCCUGUGCGACCUACUGUGCCAGACUGAACCUAUCAUAGAGCGACGAGGGACAGCACAGCAGAAUGGUUCAAAUGUGUUGGGAAUCAGCCGUCUGCUGGCGGCAGUCAUGGAAGCCAUGUGUCACCCAGCGGUGAAGCUGACCGCCAUCAUGCCCAUCAACUGUGAGCCGGAGACUGAGGCAGUGCUGCGGCGGCAUAGCAUGAGUAUUGAUGAUAACACCAACGCCAUGGCUCGGGUUGGGGAAAUGCACCGAUACCCCUUGCUGGCUUCACACAUGACCUGCAGAACAGAGGAAGACACCAUGCCAGCCAGUUCCCAUGUGACAUUCAAGGAAGUCCUGGAUCGUCUGCUGAUGGUCGUCUCUGUUCCUGUGAGACAACUGCUCAACAAGGAGACUCCAGCUUUCCCUCCGGCUCUUGUCGCCAACACUUGUGCUCUUCUGACCACCAUCAUUGGGGAACUUGCAGCCACGGCCAUGGGCUUAGAGAUGAGCAUCAAUGUGUCCUCACGGCCCAUGUUGGUGACCCCGAACCGCUUUAUGCGAUGCAGCAACACCUGUCAGUGGAACACAGGUAAGGGCAGCCCGGAUGGUAUUGCCUUCUCCGUGGACAAGCCUGGGAUUGUCAUGGCUGGAAUCUGUGUCUAUGGAGGUUCUGGAACUUACGAGUAUGAAGUUGAGGUGCUGAAGGAAGAGGAGAGUACCGAAGGUCAGAAACAGAGUGGCAAACCCGAAUCAUGGACCAGCCUGGAGGUCGUCAAGGGAGUCUUCACGCAGGAGGAUUGUAUGAAUGACAUUGCUGAGAUCAAGUUUGAUCGACCCUUGCCUCUCAAGGAGGGCCAGAAGUAUGCAGUGCUGCUGAAGAACAAUGGUCAGCGGACAGUGCAUGGAGACAGUGGAAUCACCAAGGUCCGCUGCUCAGAUGGAACUGUGUUCACAUUUUACUCUUGUGUCCAGAGCACCAACGGAACCAACAUCAUUCGAGGUCAAAUCCCUCAGAUUCUGUACUACAGCACACCCCAGGAAGGAGAGCCACAAACACAGAGCAGCCGCAACCUGAUGGAGCUCCUAGCCAGAAGGAAUGCUAUUGACAUCUGUGGGGCAAUCGUUCAUAUGACAACAGAACUACUGCACAGGGCACACUCACACGCUGUGGACACAGUCGGAGACAUUCUGGGCUCUUCACAUCUGUUCUCAUCCCUGCUGCCCCUAGCCCUGGCAUAUGCUGGACCUGUUGCUGUUCAAGAUCCUAGAGGCGCUGUUCAAGUCUUGAACCUGGUCCAGGAGAUUCUCCCAGCCGUCUCAGGCCUGACUCGCUCCAUGGUACCAGUUCCCAUGACCGCCAGUGUACAAGAUGGCAGCACCAGUCUCACCGGUGGUAUUGCUGACAUGGCCGCCACCACGACCACCACCAGCCAGCAUUAUGCUGUUGUGGAGAGCGAGCACCCUUACAAGCCGACCAGUGUGGUGAACUACAAAGUGGAGUUUCCUGCUUGCGUGCGGUGGAUGAUUGUUGAAUUCGACCCCCAGUGUGCCACAGGUCAACAGGAGGAUUCCCUUCAGCUGUACAUACCUUCAUACCACAUGAGCAAGGCAGGGCUGAACCAGGGUCAGGGUCAGGUUGUCACCACCAUCUCCAGCCCUGACCUUGACACCGCAGCCACUCAUUGGCCAGUUUUGAAAAAGUUUUAUGGAACUGCAGAGUGGCCAAAGUCUGCAGUUCUCUUGCCAGGCAAUGAGGUGAUCUUCUCCCUUGAAACAGCUUCUGACUACGUGAAGGAUGAGAAAGCCUCGUUCUUUGGUUUCAAGUGCCUCAUUAUAGGAUAUGAAUGGGGAGCUAAGCCAGAGGAGAGCAUUUUGAUGCUGGAAAGAGAACUGGCCUUCCUUGGUGGCAUGUGUUGUUCAGCCCUGAUGAAGAGGGACAUUCCUCUCCCGUCUGUAACAAUGGAGGAAGUUGAUGAGGAUAUGGAUAUAAUAGAAGCUGGGGCCAGAGUUGUGUUUGAGAACCACCAGAGCCUUCUGGAGAAAGGCUUUGCCCUGUCCCACACACCGACCAUCUACCAGGCUCUGGAAGGCAAUCUGCCCCUAUGCUGGCAGUCCAAUGAGCACAGCUUCCUGAAGGAUUUUGUUCUCUGUACUCCUGGCACUAGUGGUGGACGACUUGCCAGGUGGUUGCAGCCGGACUCCUACUUAGACCCCAAACAGUGUGAGAUUGAGUGUAACCGAGAUGACCUCAAAUGCAGCUGGCCAGCCGUGGUGACUGUUUAUACCAAGGACCAGUACGGAAGCUUGGUCAAUGUGCCAAACCUCAAGAUUGAAGUCAGAGCUGUUCCCAUUGACCAGCAAGACAUGGGUGAUGAUCUAAAGAAGAUGCGCAGAAUGAGCAGCCGUGCUAUUGAGGCUUUUGAUAUGACCUUUGGGGGCCACCCGACCCCGGUGUUGGACACCCCCUAUGAGCCAACUCUCAAGGACAAAGACAUGUUUCAUGCAAUCACAAUGAUGAAGGCUUAUGAAAACUACUCAUUUGAAGAGCUGCGCCUGGCCUCCCCGGCCAUCCCCCGGCCUAGUGAGAACAUGCUUGUGCGGAGUAACAAGGACGGCACCUACACAGCAAACUGGACGCCAGGCUCCGUCGGCUUCUACAACAUCGUCAUCAUCAUCGAUGGGGUCCAGUCAGGUGACGGAUUCAAGGUUGAAGUGAAGGAACCACCCCAGGGAGCUCCGCCUCCUACUGUUGUCAAGAAAACUCAGCCACCAAGACUGCGCAAGUUUGUUGCCAAGUACAGCGCCGGGUUGAGGAUUCGAAUCAGCCCAACUCUUCAGAGUGAGCAGAUUGGAGUAGUACCUCCGAACUGUGUUAUCUCAUUUGUGGAUGAGACCACCAAUGAUGAUGGCUUGUGGCUGAGGCUGUCCAGGUUCUCGCUGGCCGAGUACUGCUCUCCUGAUGAAGCUGGCGUCAGCAGGACAGAAGGCUGGUGCCUCCAGUACAACCAGCACCUAGGAAAAACGCUUCUGGUGCCGGUAGAAACUGCCAAGCCGCAGCCGAGCCACCGCAGUCCUCGGCCUCUUCCUGCUGGAGCAGCAGCCGCUGGGGCUGAGGUUGUCAGAAGAGAGAGGAGAAAUGUUGGGCACCCAGCUGGGGCCUUGUUUAUGGGGCCCCCAGUAAUCAGCAAAGGGCCGGGGACCUACAAAGUGAUCAAAUGUGGAGCUUCUGGUCACAACAUCAGGGCCAGACCUAGCCUGAGAGCACCUCCUAUAGGAAUGAUUACCAAAGGCAAGAAGAUCAAAGCCGUGGAAGAUACUAUCAACAGUGAAGGCUUGUGGAUUCGACUGUCGGAUGAGUCCGCCCACAAGUACUGCCACCCAUCGCUGGCCUCCGAAGCCUGGUCACUGGUCACAGGCAUGGACAAGGUCCAGUACAUGCAGCAUGAGUCCGAGUUCCCAUUUAGCAGUCAGGAGCAGGACCCCUUUGCUUUCAGAAGCCUGCCUCCGCAGUCGCAGCAAGGCUUCCAGUUUGCCAUGAAAGCAGCACAGUAUGCAAAUGCAUUUCCAGAUUUUUUCCCAUCUGAAGAAGCAUUUUCAAGGAGUAAAAGCAUGCCUUCGUCUGCUUUCAACUUUGGUGGAAUCACAGGAUUCCAGCCUAAAUUGCCACUUCCACGGUUUGGAGAGCCAGUGACGGAAGAGGAUCCUGUAGAGAGUUUCCCUCCUCCUCCGCCCCCUCUCAGUGUCACUAACUACAAUGAAUUUGAUAAUGAGGAUGAGGAUGAAAGCGUGGAGGAAGUCAUGCUUGAUCGGCUGCUGAGGUCACGGCAGAGAUCAGGAUCAAGCCCCAACCCAUUCAUGUCAGUGCCACCGAUACCGGCCCACCAAGUUGCCAGCCACCAGAGAACAUUUUCUCUGCGUAAAGUGUCUGACCCUGGAGUGGCGCGACUGACCCUCCAGGACAACAAGGACAUUCCUCCGGAGCUUCAGGGCGUCCCAGUCAAUGAACUUGUAAAAGCUUUAGGAGAGUCCAGAGCUAAUGGAAAUGGGCCAACUCCACAGCCUUCACCUCCAAGUUCUCCCAAGAAGGGCUCCAGAGAAGGGAGCCCCAAAUCCAGCACAGAUCGGAAAUCAUCAGAGUCACCUAGCACUGUCAGAGACUCCACCUCUGCAAAGGAGGAGCUGUACAAGACCCCGCCCAGUAGCCCUGUCCCUACACGAUCUAGCAGAGCUCCCCUGCAGAAAGUGGAUUCCUUUGACAAGUCAGACACACCCACUCCUCCAACCACACCAAUGAUGGAUAGGUCAGACAAGACAAGCCUCUCAAAACCCAAAAUCUCACCAGUAAAACCUGGAGGCAUGCCUGGAGACAAACUAGACUCCAACAUUACAUCCCUGAAUGAAAAGGAAGUCAAAACAGAACCAUUUUCAUCACCAGAUUUUACAGUAAAGGAACCUGCGGUGAAGUCAUCCCCUGAAAAGGAAAAAGCAAAUACAUUGUCAGCACCAAAAGUAGCAUCUCCAAAAUCUGAUAUGGAUGUUACAGAAACCAAACCAAAGGAUUCCCCAGAGGUAGUCCAGCGAUCUCCAGCUCACAGAGUGGAACUGAUUUCGGGAAAUAAAAAGGACAGUCCGGUUGCCGUUGUAGCUCCAACAGUAAAAUCUACGUCUGCGACAGGCAUCCGUGAUGUGCCUUCUCCUGCUGUUCUGGGCUCUAGCAGCAAUUCUGUUCUUGCAGGAGGGCUGGCUUCCAGUGCCAGGACCAGGCUUCGAUCACCACCCUACAGAGAUGACAGCCCUCUCAGGCUGGACUCAAGCAGCUCAUUUCCUGCUCUCGACGUUGUUGACGCUUGUGUUGUUGGUGCUAGUGGUGGUAGCAGCAGUGUUGGCAGCGUAGCUGGUGGUGCUGCCGCCGCCGCAGCAAGUGGAAUUAGUAGUUACAGCGGCUCUGCUCUCAAAUCCAACAUGUUCACUAUAGGAACUGCUUCUCCCAGGGAGGAUUCUUUGAGGUUGUCACCAAAAACAGCCAGAAAGGAUCGUAGCCGCUCCAGCCGAACGAAACGAGAAAGGGCAUCAUCACCGUCAUUAGCUGACAUAGUACCCAUGCAACGAUCUCGUUCAUCAUCAGCUUCUAAGAUCCUGGACAGAAAUCGAGGGGUUAAAGAAGCUCUGUCUCCGACAGCAGCAGAGUGCCUGCGAGCUGUUUUUGCUGCGUUCAUGUGGCAUGAGGGGAUUGUUCAUGAUGCUAUGGCCUGCGCUUCCUUCCUGAAGUUCCACCCUGACCUUACCAAGGAGAUGUCCAAGUUUGUGAAGGAAAAGAAACAGCAGUCAAACACGGAGCCCAAGAGGCAGCGACAUUCAACAGAGUCAAGCAAAGAUAGAAGCCACAGGUGUCGGGAUAACAUCAACGAGAGUCGCGUCAGGUUCAACCUGGAGCCUCAGUAUUCGGAUGUGGACAAGGAUAUGGUGGAGCUGCCACGGGUGGAGACUUCUGGAUCUGCUUACAGCCCCUACGCUGGAGGCGUGGCCAAGAGACCAGUGGAAAGACACAAAUCUGAAGGUGGAUCAGCCAAGUUUCAGGAGAUGGUCGAACAGGCCUCUAAACAAAACAAGGGAGAGAAG